GCCAAGCACACCUCUUUAGAUUCUGCCGAGGCAGCUGCUAUUAUAUAAUCGCCUUUACCGCCAACUUUGCAGUCUCUGACUGCCUUAAUGAGUUCUACCAUUGUGUGGCGUCGUUUCUGUAAUGACUUUAGUCAUUGGAGUAGAACGUUAUACCCCCUUAUACUUAGAAGUAAAGCCAUGACAUACAAUUGAAGGCGAACAUAUAUGAGUACCGUUCAUUUUAGCAUAAAAAUCCAAAAGUUAUGCUACUGCACUAGCACAUGUGUUAAGAGUGGGUAUAGGCAACGGCUCUAACCUACCGGCCUAGUACAGCCUAAAUUAGGAUGCAAUUUAAUUUAAAAUGCAGUCCUGCUUCCAUGGAUGAGCUUUACAUAAAACUGAAUUGUUUUACUGCGUAAUUGUCAGGCUUGGAGCUUCGAUAGGCUAACGGAAAUAAUGAUAUAAUCAAAAAACUUGUAUUUUAUCCUUGGGUAGGCUAAAGCUCAUAUUGUUAUCCGAUAGCCGACCAACGAUAUGUAGGCUAAGUACGGUGCGUAAAAGUAACUUACUUUUAUAAUCGGACGAAUUUCUUAAGCGAAAUCUUCAAUUUUCACCUCAUUUUUUGCGGGAUUUGUGGAGUCCUUUGGUUUCUUUGUUAUUGACUCUUACGAGGCCGCUGUUUGCCAGCUUUACCUGUAGCCUAAUUUUACUUGCCUACUUUCACGGAAUAUGCUCCUAUCAGCCCCUUUCAUGGAUCGCAACGCUUAAUCUGUGUUUUAGGCCUAUGUAUAGAAUUAAAAUAAAUAUAUUAUCUAAAUAAAAUCGAGAAGUUACACUCACAGUAUCAUUUAGCACAGGUUUCCGUUGUGCUUGAAAUGAGUGUGAAGGCAAGACCACUGUAUUGACAGUGAAAUUCGAAACCCGGUCUCCGCGGUGCGAGGUUCUCGCAGAGGUAGGCUACGGGGAAGAGACUAUAGACCUAGAUAAGCCAAAGAUGUACCAGGGCGUGCGGGUGAAGACAACUGUUAAAGACUUGCUGCAACAGCAGAGAGCUCUCCAGACAGCAAUUAAAACUGUUAGAAUGAAAUCCCAGAGCUUGGCGAGUCAGGAUGUUUGCGUCUCCUCCUCCUUGCCAGGCCAUUAUUUUGAUUAUUUCCCUCAAGAGAUGAAUUCCAACGGCAGCUUUCAGCCGCGAGCCUUUCCAGACAGCAACGUUCAGAUGGAGAGCUUCGAUAAUCAACAAUUGAUAAGCAUGAUGAUGCCCAACGAGACCUACGGCAGUGGUAUUGUGCAUCCCGCUACCUCAACAAAACUUUGGCCCCAGGAAAAUCACUCCCUGAAUAUGGACUAUUGCGUCAAUGGCAUGGCUCCCAGCUCACCAUCAGGUUCUCUAAAUAUGUCAAGUCCGGUCGAUUACAAUAGUUAUUCGCCACAGGAGUCUUACUCUUCGUCGUGUUACAACUCUCCGAACAGGAUGGACUCGAGUUAUGGGUUUGUUCCAGAGCACUACCACUACCAGCACUGCAACCUCCAGCACUGCUACUGCCUGUCCCAUUGGUCGGGUACCCAGGAGAGCAUCUGCACUCCAGAAUACGCUAUUUAUGGGACAACAGACUGUGUACACGCCUCGCCUGUGGAUGGCAGCUAUUUCAGGCGGGAAUUGUCAAGUUCAGAGAUAUGCUACCUUUAAAGAUCCUCUCGGUCUUUGUUUUCUGUGUAAAUACAGUAGAAUGUACAGUGAAAACAAUGUCUGUAACUCGAUGUCAAACGGUUGCACUUGUGCCACUUGUUUUAAGAUGUAGGCCUGCUUUGCAUUUCGGGUGUUUGCUGUCAGAGUUUCCUCGGAGUUUCUGUUUUUGUUAUGAUUGGAAGAAUGCUUUUAGAAUUAAUGAGUUUGGAUAAAUGUUGCAAAUGUAUGGGUUUAGAGCUAUCUAGUUAGUUAUUGACUGUGAUUUAGAUAUAUUAAAACAAAUCUAAUGAUGUCAUCCUGCUUUUUUAGAAGUAAGUAUAUUUUUCCUUAUGGAUGCAUUCAUUUUGUAAAAUAAUUGAAAAUCCUACCCAAAGGAAAUUAGCAGCAUCAUCCCCUUCAACUCAAUAUUUAGUUUCCCUGUUCAGUUGCACACAGAAGCUUAGUUAGAAACAUUAACUUCAAUUGAGUUUUUCAAGUCAUUGAAUCAUAUUUACUGCUAAAACCAGCCCCUUUACUGCUAAAACCAGACCCAAAUAAAAAUGUCCAAAAACCACUACACCUGCCACCACAUUAACUAGACUGAAAGAUAAAUGACAAUAGACAAGAGAUAAUGAUAGAUAAUUAAUAUGUAUAGUGCUUGUCGUUACAAAAAUAAUCUGAAAUACCCUAUAAAAACUGAAGAAAAACACAACAAUAAGGUUAAUAUUGACCGUUCUUGAUGUGGAAGAUGGUAUUCCAUGGAGGCAGACGCAAGUCCACGUCACAUCACAUCAGGUCACAUCCAACUCAAGAGACGCCUGUCUCCACUCUCCCCCCGAGCGCACCCUCCUCUGCAUCCGGAUCACAUCUUCUCCGAGGCCGAGAUAAAGCAGGAUUGAGCAGGGCUAGAAUUACGCCUGCCUGUCCAAAAUGAACAUAUCGUUACAUAUGACCAAAAAGAUGAAUAAAUAAAGGAAAUAACUACUUGAA